ACCUCUGCGACUGAUUUUAAAGAUUUUCGUCCAGCACUGGUCGCUACUUGUGUCUUCAACAGUUUUUUGAGUUAUACAACCGUCAUUUUGAACAUCGCUACCAUCCAUGCGAUAAAGAAAACUGCGUUGUCACCAAAACCUUUGAGAACAUUAUUACUGAGCCUGGCUGCCUCCGAUGUUGGCGUUGGUUUUUUGGUCCAACCGCUCUACAUUUCUACUUUGGUAAGCGGCUUAAAACAAAAACGUAUCGACUGCAUCUCCUAUAAGGGCUUGUUGGUUGCUAUCAAUUUCUUUUGUUUAUCCUCGCUUUUUAAUGUUGUAACCAUAAGCGUGGACAGGUUCUUAGCUGUUUAUCUUCAUCUCAGAUAUAAAGAGCUUGUAACCCACAAGCGCGUCAUUGCCGCGGUGAUAUCAAUAUGGCUGUUUAGCGCGAUUAUUUCUUCUAGUGUCUUAUACGAUUCACUGUUUAUCAUCUCACAUGUCGUAUGGUUCGUGAACAUAACUGUUUGCCUCAUUCUGGUGGUAAUUGUCUACUGGAGGAUUUAUGUAGUCUUAAAGCAACACAAAAACCAGAUUGAAGGCCUUCAAAUCCAAGAAGUACAACAGGAGGUCCAAAAUGGCGACUUAUCAAACUUUUUGAAGCUUAGAAAGUCAGCACUUGGAACAUUUUACGUAUGUAUUGUGUUCAUGAUUUGUUAUUUGCCUUCCUACAUUCUCUCUUUUCUACUCCUGGCUCGCCCUUCAAGUCCAAUCUCUUUUUACGAAGCUUCGCUCUAUACAACGACUUUGUUUUUCCUCAACUCGUCUUUGAACCCUGUUAUAUACUGCUGGAAGAUGGGACCCAUUCGUCGCACUCUCAUGGACAUAAUGCGAGGCAUCGUCAACCGGUUCAGAGAAUAG